CUUGGCCUCGGGCUAUGGUGUGCCAGGGCCUGUGUCUGUAUGUGGCCACCCUGCUGUCAGGGCUGCUGCAGUGCCUGGGCUUUGCGGGCGUCCUCUUUGGCUGGCCUUCACUGGUGUUUGUUUUCAAGAGGGAGCAUUACUUUGAGGAGCUGUGUAAACCCAACGCUGAGCUGAUGCACAAUGCCACCAGUCUGGAUGACUGCGAAGCCAGGGAUGAGAAGUUCUCGCUGAUCUUCACUGUGGCGUCCUUCAUGAACAACUUUAUGACAUUCCCCACCGGCCACAUCUUUGACCGAUUCAAGACCACUGUGGCCUGCCUCAUUGCCAUAUUCUUGUAUACCAGCGCCACGCUCACUAUAGCCUUCACCUCUGCAGUCUCAGCUGUGCUGCUCUUCCUGGCCAUGCCGAUGCUCACCGUUGGGGGAAUCCUGUUUCUCAUCACCAACUUGCAGAUUGGGAACCUAUUUGGCAAACACCGUUCGACCGUCAUCACCCUCUACAAUGGAGCAUUUGACUCUUCCUCGGCAGUCUUCCUUAUUAUUAAG